AUGGUAUUAGAUUCUGAUUCAAAUUAUGAAGUACGCAGAAAUGCUAUUAUUGAAGAUAAUUCAAUACUUUAUGGAAUCGCAGUAGUUUUAUCAAAUAUCACAAUGUACAGAAAAAAAUUAAAUGAAACUGAAGAACAAAAUUUUAAAGUUAAAGAAAUUAAGCGUAAGAAUAAUGAAGAUAAACAUGUGGUUAAACGUAAUAAAAAAUUGUUAGGUAUUGGAGUUAACAAAAUACUAAUCAAAUUAUCAAAAAAUCAAAGUCAAGUAAUCAAGCAACUAGUUGUAAAUAUUUAUUUAGAUCUGGCAACAUAUCGAUCAAAUCAUGGAUUGAUGGUACAACAAGGUGCUAUAAAAGCUUUAAUUCCAUUGGCAUCGAUGACAACGACGAUAACAUCGACAACUCCGGCGAAAACAACAAUGAUAGCAAUAAAAGGAUCCAAAGAAAAUGUUCAACAACUUGCAACGCAAGCAUUAGAAAAAAUUGCAAUCACGAUGAAUCCGAAUUUUGUUUUUAGAGGCGAGCGAUCAAUCGAUUUGGUGAAGCCGUUGCUUAAUUCGUGUAAAAGUGAGAGUGAAUUAUGUCGGCUUGAAUCGUUUAUGGCCCUGACAAAUUUAUCUAGCACAGAUGAUGAUAUUUGA